GACUAGUGAAUCACUCUGUAUAUUCUACAUAUUUGUGUAAGCUAAUAAUGGAAAUGUGUAUGUAUGACGAAUGUAGGUAUUUAUAAAUUGUAUAAUACGUUAGUAAACAAAAACACAUUCUUUAGCACACAAACUGUAUAGCUUUUCUUUUCAAUCUCUGAAACUCUCAGUACUAGCACGGAUGUAAGUGCGUUUCGACAUAAAAUAGGUAAUUCAUUAUUUAAAUUACUUAUGGACCAUAUUGAAUAAAAUCAUAGUUUUUUGUUUUGUCACGUUAAGUUCUACUAGACUCUGGAAUAAUCAGAACAUUUUAAUACCAUUUCAAGUUGACAAGAUUUAAAGUUAACAACUACCUAUUAAGGUAAAUAAAUAUUACAAGAACUCGAAAACCCUAAAUUUAUAUACCUAGCAAUUACAAUGCAACAUAAAAAUCAAAAGACAGAAUCCAGAAGAUGUGAAAAAUAUGCAAAAUACGAGUAUACAAAAUCGUCUUAUGCAGAGACAUAUGGAGUGUUACAAUCCUUACGAGAAGAUGAGGUUUUUUGUGAUAUUAAACUAGAAACAGACGAUCACAAAAUAAUUAUCGCUCAUAAAGUGGUUUUAGCAUCGACUAGUCCGUAUUUCUAUGCCAUGUUCACAAAUUUUUCAGAAAAGAAUCAUUAUCUCGUUGUAAUAAGAGAGAUAGAUUCAACCGCUUUACAGUUGCUAGUAAAUUUUAUUUAUUCGGGGUAUAUCGUGGUCACUGAAGAAAACGUUCAGGAUUUGUUGCCAGUUGCAAAUCUCUUGCAGUUACAAGAAGUAAAAGAGGUGUGUUGUGAUUUUUUACAGACACAACUCUGCCCUACAAACUGUAUCAGUAUAUUCGAUAUAGCUAAUUUACAUAGCUGCACGGAAUUGCUAAGAAGUUCAGAAUUAUAUAUUCAACAACACUUUUCAGAAGUUGCUGGUGGCGACGAAUUUUUAUCGUUAUCAUCAGAUCAAGUAAUUAUGUUGAUCUCCAGUGAUAAACUUAUAGUCCCAUCCGAAGAAAAAAUAUUUGAAUGUGUUAUUCGUUGGGUAAAACAUGAACUGGGUUCAAGAGAAUGUGUUUUACCCCAGUUAAUGGAACACGUACGUUUACCACUAACAUCAAAUAAUUACAUAUUAAAUAAAGUAAUUGAGGAGCCUCUUAUUAAGGACUGUAUUGAAUGUAAAGAAUACAUAAGUGAAGCAUUAAAUUUUCAUAGGCUCAAGCCAGAAGAGCUUAUUCCACAAAACAUCCGGUUCAAACCCAGACAAGCAGAUAAAGUUAUAUUGGCUGUUGAUGGGAUGGAUACUAAAUUUAGCAACGGUACAGAAUUUUUCGAACCAAAAAUGAGCUGAUGGCAUAACGGACCGGAAAUGAUUACAAGCCGUAAAAAUCCCGGUCUAGCUGUAGUGAAUGAUAAUUUAGUGUUUGCCGUGGGUGGUUCUACUGAUCAUUUUGAACAUCUUCGGUCUGUUGAUGUGCUUGAUUUAUCUUCAGAAUCACCUUGUUGGAAACCUAGUGUUGACAUGAUAGUUAAACGAAAUAUUUUAGGAGUCGGUGUCAUAAAUAAUCAUGUCUAUGCCGUCGGCGGACACAAUUACAGUGAUUCUGCAUUAGAUAGUGCAGAAGUUUUUGACUACAAUACUCAAGAAUGGCAUAUGAUAUCUAGUAUGUCUACUAGAAGAUCCGACCCUGGGAUCUGAGUCCUAGAUAAUCUUCUAUACGCGAGACUGAUUCAUUUUCAUUGAUCGACAAACCUGAACCACAGCUGAACCAAGGCUGGACACCAGUCGCGAAAAUGUGUGGACGACGCAGAGGUUUUAGUGUAGGAGUUUUAGACGGUGUACUUUAUGCUGUGGGCGGUCAUGAUGGACUUAA